CAGCAUUUUCGGGUCUUACGACCGACGCCAUAACCUAGCUUUACGAGGACGUCAUCCUUGUAGUGGUUUUCCCAUUCGCAAUCAGGGGUCUAUAGCUCUGGAGUUGCAGUCGUUUAUAGGCUACGGAGACUGCUCACUAUUAGGCGGGCCAAAUGCUUGUUUGUCACCGCUGUAGUAUAAAAAAAUAGGGGAAAGUUUAUGUUAGAGAACAAAUACAGUUCCUAAAGACGUUUUAACAGACAUAACGCAAAGCAGACAGUGAAAUCAUUAUAAAUUUUGCUAAGAAAUAGUAUUUGCUAUGGGAUAAGGCGAUGAGAUUGUGGAAACAAACAGCUCAUGACGAGACACAUUUCAUUUGUUCUUGUCACUGUUUGGUGAAUUGUCACUGUGAUUUGUACAUUCCUUAUUUAUUUAUUUUAAUUUUUGUUAAUCGGUAAUUAAUGAGUUCAGGAGAUUGUUUUAGUGAAAAUUCUUAUUUAGGCAUGGGCUGCGCGCGCAUCCUCCACGUCCUCCGCCGGUGCAAGCGUCUCGACGAUGGUGACAACUCGACGAAACUCGCCCGGUGUUUAGGGCUUCUAGACCUUACUGCCCUGGGUGUAGGCAGUACGUUGGGUCUUGGCGUUUACGUGCUAGCUGGGGCAGUGGCCAAGACGGUCGCCGGGCCCGCUGUGACGUUAAGCUUUUUGGUCGCUGCUAUAGCGUCAGCUUUUGCUGGUCUUUGCUACGCCGAGUUCGCGUCCCGAGUGCCCAAAGCGGGCUCCGCAUAUGUGUAUAGCUACGUCAGCGUCGGCGAGUUCGUUGGCUUCACCAUUGGAUGGAACCUCAUUUUGGAGUACGUGAUAGGAACCGCUAGCGUGGCAAAGGGCAUGGCAAACUACAUUGACAGCCUGACGAACAACAGCAUGGCGCGGGCGAUGACUGAGUGGGCACCCAUGCACGUCGGGUUCAUGGGAGAGUAUCCGGACUUCUUCGCGUUUGCGCUGGUUCUGAUGAUUACUUUACUGCUGGCAGUGGGAGUGAAAGAGUCUACGAAACUCAACAACGUGUUCACGGCUCUCAAUAUGCUGACUGUCAUAAUUGUCAUCGUUGCUGGAGCCGUCAAGAGCGACAUAGCCAACUGGCGCAUCAAGCUGGAAGACAUCCCCGAGGAAUACCGCGACAAGGCCGGCGCGGGCGGCUUCAUGCCCUGGGGCAUUGCCGGCGUCAUGGCCGGCGCUGCUAAAUGCUUCUUCGGUUUCGUUGGCUUCGACUGCGUGGCUACGACUGGCGAAGAAGCGAAAAAUCCGAAAAGGGAUAUACCGCUGUCAAUUGUCAUGUCGCUGGUGGUGAUUUUCGUGUCUUACUUCAGCAUCGCGACCGUAUUGACUAUGAUGUGGCCGUAUUACCUGCAGGAUGCGGACGCGCCCUUCCCUCACGUGUUCACCGAGGCCGGCCUCCCCGUCAUCAAAUGGAUCGUGACCAUCGGUGCCAUCUUUGCUCUCUGCACCAGCCUGCUCGGUGCCAUGUUUCCCUUGCCAAGAGUACUGUAUGCUAUGGGUAGCGAUGGUGUGCUGUUCAGGCCUUUAGCGACCAUCCAUGGGUGGACCAAAACACCUUUAUUGGCGACUUUCCUCAGUGGCUUAUUGUCAGCGGUGAUGGCAGCGUUGUUCAACCUCAACCAGCUAAUCGACAUGAUGUCUAUCGGCACCCUGCUGGCUUACACCAUCGUUGCCACCAGUGUCCUCAUUCUAAGAUAUGAACAGGAGCCAGACCUCUCCAUCACCAGCAUGAAGCCCGUGCCAGAGACGCCGUACUCCGUGGCCAAGCAGAGCUUCAACCUGCUCGGUCUCAAGAGGCCUACAAACUUGUCAUCCUCCAUCGCCAAGUCUUCCAUUAUUAUACUAUUCGUCCUAGCUCUGAUAACGUGCAGUCUUCUAACUUACGAGCACGGAGGCGCGCUGGACGCGGCGCUGGGAGCUUUAGGAGCUGCCCUUCUAGUGCUGCUAAUAAUUCUGUAUCGACAGCCGAGACAGAGUACAGCGCAUCUUAGCUUCAAAGUGCCCCUCGUACCGCUGGUUCCGUACCUGAGCGUGUGUAUGAACGUGUAUCUGAUGGUGCAGUUGGACUAUCAGACCUGGGUGCGCUUCAUCGUGUGGCUGGUUAUAGGAUACGCAAUAUAUUUCUUCUACGGCGUGAGGAACAGUUCUCUGAACGAGACUAGUGUGCCCACGAGCAACGGGAAAUCCGAGGACAAACAGGUGACCACCAAGUUCUGAUCGAGGGACUACUUAGGACUUUAUACUUUUGGGACCUUUUCACGUAGACUUUUUAGGAUAAUAAUGUAGAAGUUUUCUAUCCUGUUUCUACAAGGUUGGAAAA